AGAGGGGACAGAGAGAGUUCCCAGCAAAGCUCCGCUAGGAUCUUUGUGUCCCAGCGCUGGGUGCCAGUGUGUGGAUACACGCGCGGCCGAAGGGAGUUGAGGGUUGGGUUGGUGCUGACUUGUGUAACACACUAGCGUUGUAUAACACUCGACUCCAACCCCACCCUCUCCUCUCUCCCGAAACAAUCAACAACAACCCCGUCGUUUUGAAUUUGGUUUUGUUUUUUUGGUCCUGCCCAGAACUGGGGCUGCCUAAAGACACAGACACGGACACAGACACAGAGUGAGUGCUGGAGUAACUCAGCGGGUGGGGGCCAGGAGGCAGGCAGCGCGUGUGUGGGGCCAGUGACCACCCCGGGACAUUCAGACAGACAGACAGACAGACAGAGCCGGGGAGUUCCGCGAUGGACUCGAACCCCGCGCUGCUCAUCGUCGGCGGCUCAGUCGCGGCUUUCGCGUUGGUCAACGGGGCGGCGGGACUGCUCCCCAUGCCCGAAUCUGCCCUGAGAAACACCUGGAAAUGGAGGAACAUCUGCACGUCCCUGGUGCACAGUGUGGUGACAGGGGUCUGGGCCCUCCUCUGUUUUUACCUGCAUCCACGGAUGGCACAGGAUCUAAUCGGCACCUACUCUCCCUCCUCCCACUGCCUGGUGUCGGUCUCCAUAGGUUAUUUUGUCCAUGACUUUACAGACAUGUUGUGGAACCAGAGGUUGCAACAUUCCUGGGAACUACUUUUCCAUCAUUCUGUGGUGAUCAGCUGUUUCGGCAUCUCCGUGUGCCUCUGUCGCUACGUGGGGUUUUCCGUGGUCGCCCUGCUGGUGGAGAUCAACUCCAUCUUCCUGCACCUGAGGCAGAUCCUUCUGAUGGGCAACAUGCACCGAGCCGUCGCCUUCACCCUCAACAGCAUCGUCAACCUGGGCACGUACGUGGUGUUCCGCAUCAGCACGCUGGCCUGGAUGACCCGCUGGCUGGUCCUCAACCGGGACAACAUCCCGCUCCUCAUCUACGGCAUCGGCAGCGCGGGGAUGGCCGUCAUGACUGUGAUGAACAUCGUGCUGUUCUACCGACUUCUCAGGAGCGACUUCCUCAAGCCCAGCAGGGAAGGGAAGAGGCUGAAAGAAAAGAAAAUCUAAAAAAAAAAGGCCUUUAAUCUUUCCAUCACCGAACCGUGGCUUGGAUUCACUGAUGGAAAAAAACCCAUUAACGACAGGUACAUGGACAACGCAACAUCGCCCAUUCCUUCUCUCCAGGGAUGCAGCCCGUCCCGCUGAGUCACUCCAGCUUUUUGAUUGCCUAUCUUCGGUACGUGGACAGGAGAGGUUUGGAGGGAUCGGAGCCAAACGCAGGCAGGUGGGACAUGUUGGCCGGUGUGGGCAAGUUGGGCCAAAAUGGCCCCUUUCCACACACACUAUGACUCCAUGAUAAAGAGUCACGUUUGGCCAGAAAUGUGCUUACAUUCAAUUAAUAUGGAAUUCAAUGCGGUUCAAUUGUCAUAUAUAAUAUAUCUUUUGGAUUUUUACCUACUUAAUUUUUUUAUCUCACAUUGUGAAUUAUAUUUUGAACUUGAUACAGUAAUGGUGCAAACAAAAAAAGCAUGGUGGCUUUUCUUUAAAACCAACGCCUCUGUGUGUGAUACAGAGUGAUGUUAUUUAAUCUUUCACUACCUCACAUUGAACUAAUUGUUCAAGUAUUAAUGAUAUCAAGCGUUGCUGCACUGCAGUUAUGUGCUGGGCUAAUCCAACAGCACUUUGUAAACCCACAGACUCGACCAUUGAGGAAAGGCAGCGGGCAACAGGUACUUGAAAAUAACGCACCUGAGGUUCCAGUCCAAGUUGCAUAUCUUCCCGACUUGAAAACCUUUCAUCAUACUAACACACGGAUAGGACAAGUUUGGAGGGAUAUGGACCCAGGUGGGACUAGUGUAACUUGGGGCAUGUUGGCCGGUGUGGGCAAGUUGGGCCAAAGGGCCUGUUUCCACACUGUAUCACUCUAUGAUUGUAUAUGAUGAGCGUUUGACGGCACUGGGCCUGUACUCGCUGGAGUUUCGAAGAAUGAGAGGGGGACCUCAUCGAAACGUACAGAAUAGUGAAGGGCUUGGAUAGAGUGGAUGUGGAGAGGAUAAUUCCACUGAGCGGGAGAGUCUAGGACUAGAGGUCAUAGCCUCAGAAUUAAAGGACGUUCUUUUAGGAAGGUGAUGAGGAAAGAUUUCUUUAGUCAGAGGGUGGUGAAUCUGUGGAAUUCUUUGCCACCGAAGGCUGUGGAGGCCAAGUCAGUGGAUUUUUUUAAGGCAGAGAUAGAUAGAUACUUGAUUAGUGCGGGUGUCCGAGGUUAUGGGGAGAAGGCAGGACAAUGGGGAUAGGCGGGAGAGAUAGAUCAGCCAUGAUUGAAUGGCGAAGUAGGCUUGAUGGGCCGAAUGGCCUAAUUCUGCUCCUAUCACAUGAUCUUAUGAUGUUCCUUCAUCGGCACUGGGUCUGAGUUCUGGAAUUCCCUGCCCAGCGCUAGCAUGGGAGUGCCUUGACCAAAAAUACUGCAGUGGUUCAAGAAGGCAACAUAUCACCACCUUCUUGGAGACAAUCAUGAGAGGAAUAAAUCGGGUAGACACACAGAGUCUCCAUUGCCCACAGCAGGUGAAUCGAGGACCAGAGCGCAUAUGUUUACAAUGAAGGGGAAAAGAUUUGAUUGGAAUCUGAGGGGUAACUUUUUCACUCAAAGGGUGGUGGGUGUGGGUGGAACGAGCUGGCAGACGAGGUGGUUGAAGCUGGGACUAUCCCAGCAUUUAUGGUAGGCCAGGUUUGGAGGGAUCUGGGCCGAUCUCUGGCAGGUGGGACUAGUGUAGCUGGGACAUGUUGGCCGGUGUGGGCAAGUUGGGCCGAAGGGCCUGUUUCCAUCCAGUAUCACUCUAUGCUUCUAUGAUCAACGUUGACCUCCGAAUGUGGUCGUGUUGAGUAACACAGUCAUCCUAAAAUAAAUGUGGGAAACAACUCUUGGAAUGUUUGUAACUUUGUUCAUUCAUAUUGGCUUUGAAGUUGAAUAAAUAAUAUGGUGAAUUUAUAAAUUAAAAUGACUGCAAUUCUCAUUUAAGCCUUCAGAACACCUUUAUUCAGACAGAGUAUUGAGUUUAGAAGUUGGAUGCAACCAUUCCUUGUGAGAGUGAGGGGGGAGGUUUGCUGUCGGGCUGCAUCUCAGCUUAGUUUGGGAGCAGCUCUGCCCAAGAUCACAAAACAAUUGCAGGCAGUUGUAGACGUGCUUUAGUCCAGUCCAUCGCCCAGACCAAACUUCCCACCAUUGACUCCAUCUACAAUUCACGCUGCCUCGGGAAAGCAGCCAAUAUCAUCAAAGACUUGUCCCACA